CUUUGUUUGUAUGCGCCGCUCCUGAGUUCCAUUUGUACUCUGUGUCAUCUGCGCAUUCUUCUCGGUUUCAGCAAUGGCAGUUGGUGGUCAGAAAGGUGGUCAAAAAGGUGGAAAGAAAGGCGGAAAGAAGAAGACUGCUGAUCCAUUUACUAAGAAGGAAUGGUACGAUAUAAAAGCACCGUCGAUGUUUACGAAACGCACGUGUGCUAGAACGCUCGUCACCCGGACACAGGGGACGAAGAUUGCAAGUGAAGCCCUCAAGGGCCGUGUCGUCACGCUUAGCCUGGGCGAUUUAAGUGAGAAAAAUGAAGAAGUUUUCAGGAAGUUUAAGCUGCAAGUUGAAGAUGUUCAAGGACGCCAUUGUCUUACGAAUUUUCACGGCUUGGAAAUUACGCGUGACAAGUUGUGCUCCAUAGUGCUCAAAUGGCGUUCGACAAUCGAAGCACAUGUGGACGUUAAAACUACUGAUGGUUAUCAUCUUCGGUUUUUUAUCAUUUCCUUCACUCCUCGUGCUGGCCGUGCUGAAAGCAAACACACGUACGCACAAUCCAGUCGCAUCAAACGAGUCCGUGCCCGUCUUGUAGAGACGAUUCAGCAAGAAGUAUCUUCCUGUGAUUUGAAAGAGGUUGUAAAUAAACUAAUUCCAGAUUCCAUAGCACAAGAUGCCCGCAAAGCGGCUUCUUGGAUCUUCCCUCAGACGGAUACUAUCAUUCGCAAAGUUAAAGUACUAAAAAAACCCAGAUUAGACAUUGGUCGCUUAAUGGACUUGCACGGCGAAUCCACUGGCUCUGCACCCGGAGAAAGCGUCACCCGGCCCGAACAUUACGAGCCACCGCGAGUAGAUUCUGUGUAGUAACUAACAAUAUAUUCUUUCUGGACCA